GAAUAUCGGCUACCUAUAAAAGACACGGACGACUCAGUCCCGAACAGUUGACCUGUCUCAUUUUGUGUGUGCUAUACGUCCGAUAAUUUAAAGAAAAUGAAAUUGAGCGUGGUAAUCUUCCUGUUGGCGGGUUGCGCUUUGUCGCUCGCCGUAGAGCACGGACCUCUGCUGACGGCAUUACAACCACGGGACCAGGCACAACCCACAGGGGUCGCACAUGUCAGAGAUAAGAGACACCUUGGACUUCUUGGUGUCGGUGCUCUUGGUGCCGGAGUAAUUGGUGCAGGUGCUCUCGGCCUUGGCGCUGGUAUCAUUGGUGCUAAGGCAGUAGGAGCGGGUCUCGUCGGUGGAGCCCUAGCGUCUGGUGCUCUCUACGGACACGGCAGGAGCUACGGCGGUUACGGAGGAUACUACGGCGGUGGAUACAGUGGAUACGGUGGAUACGGCGGAUAUGGAUACGGUGGAUACGGCCACGGAUACAGAUCGUACUACCCGUCUUCAGGGUACUACGUAUCCGAUCCAUGGUGCUAAAUGUAACAAUUCCUGAAUGCUUACCCGAUUGUUGGUAAUAUAUAGACAUUGUUGUGAGUGUGUGUUAAAGUACUGAAUAAAUUCCGACCGAUAUUAUAAUAAGUGUAAAAUAAACAGUUUCUAAUAAA